CAACGGUCUUCUAGAACAAGCGGGACCUUGAAGGACCGAACCCUUCGUUGUUGUUGACCUACACUCAUAUCCCAUACCCCAAGAUGCAUUAUAUCAGAUUCCUUCGAGCGCCUAAAUUUGUUCAGGAGCGUCACGGCGCCUUUGUCCAAUUACUCUUCACCAUAACGACUGACCUCGGAGACUCAUUCUUGUAUCCUGAGAGGUUCUUGGACCUUCAAGUCGUUGCUGUCGCUGCCUCACCUGAAGGCGGCUCAACAUGGCUUCUCUCGGAUCCUGGACACCUUCACUGGCAACCUGGUAUGCGCGUCGCCAAGCCAACAUUGGAACUUCCCAUCGCUCUUGAACGAGCUGUUGAAUCUGGAAUGAGAGUUCACGUUUGUGUCAGAGCAUCAGAGCCUCAACACACAGCUGAGAGUGUCCCCCGUAUCCUAGCCUUGUCGGCUGAGAAGAUGCGGUAUCGGCGGGAAGCUGCGGAAAAAGGUGCUGUCAUGCCAGCUUGGGUACCAGUGACCGCUCAACCCUCAGAGACGGAUGUAUCCAUUCGAAGACUUGUUUUGAGCGACUCACCCGAUGGUCUGGGGACUAUGGAGAUUGAAGAGGAGAUCGGUGAGAGCAUAGCACGCCACAUAUGGGAUGGAGGCGUGAUGGCGACAUGUGCACUUGCUGGAAUCGAGGCUGCUCCUAAUAGCGAGUCCAGCCAGAACCCCUGCAUGAGGACCAUGAAAAACAUCUUUAGCCAACAAGACACAAUCCGUGUGUUGGAAUUGGGUUGCGGUGUGGGCAUUUUGGGUCUUGGGCUCGGCGCUGUGUACCCUCAACUAGGAUCUCUCGAAGGUGACUGCACCAUUCUGAUGACAGAUCUACCAGAAGCUGAGCAGCGAGCCAGAGCCAACAUGAAGAGGUUGGAGAAGUCACACUUGCGAUUCCAAGAGAAUCCGGUACAUAUGCUUUACGAAAACUUGGACUGGGAGGAGGGCAGGCAGGGUCGCUUUGGACCAGCGGUUCGAUCUGGACCUUGGGAUCUCGUGAUGCUCAGCGAUUGCACCUACAAUGUCGACAUGCUUCCGCCUCUGGUGGAAACCCUAUCAGCCAUCCACAUGGCAAACCUAACCUACUUCCCCAAAGGGGAACCGUUUACUACAAAAGUCUUUUUGGCCACCAAGCCACGCCACGACUCAGAGGAGGUUCUGUAUGAGCUAAUGGAUAAGCAAGGCUGGUAUAGCGUUCACAAGCAAAUUAUCCGAAAGCCUGUCCUUGGCGAGGCGCCUCAAAUUGUCGAACUUCAUCUGUUUGACAAAUCUGGGCUCAGCGAGGGCCAGAGCGCAACAAGAACAGAAGUCAAGAGAGAAGAGAAGAAGGAAUUUGACGACGAAGGCGAUGCGUCAGACACCGAGUCGAGUGUCUCGUCAGACGAAGAGUCGGAGUACUAGGCAGGCUCUGGUGAUCUCGUGCUAAUGCUGGGCGACGAUGGCCUCAGGCGUUCAAUCUGCGCAAGGCGACCGCAUCACCAACUUUUCCGGAAUCGCGACAUCCAAUUAUCUAAAUGAUGCUUGCACCGUUACACCAGAAGCGCAAACGACAGACACCCUCAAUAGGCUACCACCACCAACUCGCUCGAAAAAACACCAGCUCUACAGACCAUGAUGGUGUCAGAGGCUCAAAUUCAUUGGGGUUACCCCGCGGAUGGUGUAACGCUCUCGCCAUGCGGCCCAGCCUGAUUAUUGUGAGGAUUGGGUAGACCGAACCACUAGGAUUGAAUUGGCGGGGGAACAAGAGAUGACUUGCUUCUGGGCUGACCGGUGUAGUGGUGUGGUGGUGAUGAGUUGGCCCUUAGACAUACGAACGGACAGAUGAGGCUCUGCGAAGGGGGCCUCAAAAGUUGACAAUCCUUUUUUCUUUUUCUCUUUCCAAGUCAUGUAUUUAGCGACGAAUUUUAUAUAAUGUGGGCAAUUUCUGGCGAUGGGAGGUAAAUAAAUUGAACAUAA